GGACCUGCAGAUCGAAGAGCCUGACAACGUUCUUAGUGUGUUCCUGGCAAUUCGCACAUGUGCAAUGGACAUGGCAACGCUGAACGUGGCAAAGCUCGACAGGCAUCAGAGGUGGAGAUCAGCUUGUGCACAAAUUCUUCGUGCCACUCGCAAAGCUGAGGAGUUGCUGCUGCUGCAGGAUUUCCUGCUGGUAGAAGUUUGCCCUGAGGAGUCUGAUGUGUUCACACAUCCCACUGCCCAGCCUCACACAGCAGAGACGUGGAGCAAGACAGAAGAGACACGGGCGCAAACGGAUGCAGACGCGUCAAAUCUUCCUGAGAACAUUGCUGCUGGGGAAACGGAAAAGCAAAUGCAGACCUUGGAGCACCAACUGCUAGAGUUGCAGAGUACACACAAGGAUCAAGACCACCCCGAAAUUGCUACGAUACUGCAUGAGCUAGGCCAAGUGAGCCAGCAGGCUGGAGAUCUCCAGCAGGCAGAGCAGCACUUUGGUGAGUUACUAACAAUGGACCGCUCCUUGCAUGGGGACAGGGAUCACCCUGAUAUUGCUGCGACACUGCUUGGACUAGGCCAAGUGAGCCUGCAGGCUGGAGAUCUCCAGCAGGCAAAGCAGCACUUUGAUGAGUCCUUACGAAUGGCGCGCUCCUUGCAUGGGGACAGGGAUCACCCUGGUAUUGCUGCGACACUGCAUGCACUAGGCCAAGUGAGCCAGCAGGCUGGAGAUCUCCAGCAGGCAAAGCAGCACUUUGUUGAGUCCCUACGAAAGGCGCGCUCCUUGCAUGGGGACAGGGAUCACCCUGGUAUUGCUGCGACACUGCAUGCACUAGGCCAAGUGAGCCGGCAGGCUGGAGAUCUCCAGCAGGCAAAGCAGUACUUUGAUGAGUCCUUACGAAUGGAGCGCUCCUUGCAUGGGGACAGGGAUCACCCUGACAUCGCUGCGACACUGCUCAAGCUUCUUUGCCCAUUAGGAGGGUUUGUUGUAGCAUUGAUGAUCUGGCAUGGAUUGUUCCCACUUGCUACGGGCGCCACUUUGCGACUUUUUGAGUUGUAGAGUUUCAUGUCUGAGAGGUGUAGCAGCACUCAAAUUUUUGAAGGAGUUUCUCCACAUGAAGCUCUCACAGAGAUGAGGGCUUGGUGAGUCACCUGAGGCCCACUUGCAUCCGGCGUUGCGCUCUGCAGAACAACCGCUUAAGUGCUUAAGCUGUCUGUAAAAUGGCAGGGGGGAUGAGUGUUUUAUGUGUCUCCUGGAUCUGCUUUGGCACUG